UGGUAAUGCGCACUUCAAACAGUAGGUGGUGGUGUAGCAAUCUGUCGUGUCGUGAGCGAAGAAGACCACAAACAAACAUGGCGACCCCCGGGGACAACUCGGUAGGCAUGAAGAUGCUUCAAUUUCUCAAACUAAUCGGGCAGCUUAAAAGGGUUCCCCGGACAGGCUGGGUGUACAGGGAGGUGAAGGAGCCAGAGAGUGUGUCAGACCACAUGUACCGCAUGGCCCUCAUGUCUCUCACCAUCACUGACCCCACGGUGGACAAGGACAGGUGCAUGAAGCUGUCUCUAGUCCAUGACAUGGCCGAGUGCAUCGUGGGAGACAUCGCCCCGCCGGACAACGUCAGUAAAGCUGAGAAACACAGGCGAGAGGAGGCAGCCAUGAAGCAGCUGAUAAGUUUCACUCCAGGCAGCGUUGGACAGGAGUUGUAUGGCCUGUGGGAGGAGUACGAAAACCAGAGCAGCCCCGAGGCCAGGCUGGUGAAAGAGUUUGACCGCCUGGAGAUGAUCCUGCAGGCUCACGAGUAUGAGGAGCUGGAGGGAACACCGGGAAGGUUGCAGGAGUUUUUCGACUCCACUGAAGGUCAUUUUCAGCACCCGGAUGUGCUCCAGCUCGUCAGCUCUUUGAACGACGAAAGGAGAAGUCAUAUGACACGUUCAGCAAAGAACUCUGGGAAGUCGCAGCCGCAAGCUUCUUUGCAUGCUUCGUGACCUAAAACUAAAAGGUGGGGGCACAUAAUGCACACAUACAAUUCCAUUAAAAAAAAAGUUAAAAUGAUACAAA